CGUGGAACUUCAGUUUCUUCGAACGUAGUCAAACACGAAGGUUCUCUCCUAGAGAAUCGAGUUAUAUUACAUUUUAAGGCAAUUGUGCACUCGCAUCUCGUAAGACUUUGGGUUCGAUAUAAUUUUGACGCGAUCUAGUUCGCGGAAAGAAGACCAUAAACAUUGGUGUUGUUUCUUUCUUAUUUAGCUGCCUCCUAGAUUGGGCCAGCUCGUUAUCAAAUCACGAUGGCACAACUUGUAAGAGCGAUAUACGAUGGCUACCGAGACUUAAUGGACAAUAAAAGCGACCCAAGGGUCAAUAAUUGGCCAAUGAUGAGCAGUCCAUUCCCGACCAUUUUCAUCUGCAUAUUUUACGCCUACUUUGUCAAGGUUCUAGGUCCUAAGCUCAUGGAAAAUCGCAAACCUUUCAAUCUCAGGAAGGUCAUGCUAUUCUAUAAUCUCUUCCAAGUGAUGUUAUCCACGUGGUUGUUUUACGAGUCCUUAGUAUCUGGAUGGGGAGGUUACUAUUCGUUCCGUUGUCAACCAGUAGACUAUUCGGACGACCCGCUGGCAAUACGAAUGGCACAUGGCUGUUGGUGGUACUACUUUUCAAAAUUCACCGAAUUCUUUGACACAAUAUUGUUUGUAUUGAGAAAGAAGAACAAUCAUAUUUCAAUAUUGCACGUGAUCCAUCAUGGGUGCAUGCCAAUAUCGGUUUGGUUUGGUGUCAAAUUCACUCCUGGCGGUCAUGGCUCGUUCUUUGGCAUGCUAAACACAUUUGUGCAUAUUGUGAUGUACUCAUACUACUUUUUGGCUGCUCUCGGACCGAAGAUACAGCCGUAUCUCUGGUGGAAGAAGUACCUGACUGCGCUACAGAUGGUCCAAUUCAUCCUGGUGGUACUCCACGCUUUCCAACUUCUCUUUAUCGACUGCAAUUACCCGAAGGUGUUUGUCUGGUGGAUCGGGCUGCACGGCGUCAUGUUUUACUUCCUGUUCCGCAACUUCUACAAUCAGUCAUACGGGAAGAAAAAAUCUCCCAACGCGUUAACGAAGAAGGAAACGGAGAGCCAGAACGAGAAGAAACAGCAGAACGACGUAAACGAGAACGGUAAAAUAUACGCGAACGAAUACAAAAUGGCAACCGGUUACAUCUCGGACAGUGGCCUCAGAAACCGCGUGUUUAUCGACAACCGCGGUUUCCAAAAAUAAAAUGCUAGCCAUUAGUCUGAAUCUCAUUAUGUGAAUAUGAAUUUGUAUUCAACGAAUCCAUCGAUAUAACAUAAACGGGCAGAUUUUAUCGUCGUACAAUAUCGAGAAUAUCUCGCCAAAGAAUAUAGAAAGAUGAUUGAAAACGUUCGAUUUUCGAUAUCUAAUUUUUCGGAUUCACCAAGUAACUCACUUAUUACCUUCUGCGCGGAUAAGGAUGCGUUUGAAUAUAUUACGAACACUAGCUCGCUUCCUGUGUGUAUUCUGUGUCGCGUGUGUAAAUUGUGUGAUUCUACGAUUUGUGUGAUUCUAUGUGAACGUACAUAUGUAUGAUACGUAUCGGGGAAUGUAUGAGACAGAAUGACGACGAUACUCCGCUACACCUAACUGUCAUCAAGCUAGGGUUACGAGAAAUUGCCAAAUUUUUCUUUCUAAGCUCUUAUCGUCUGUCGUGAAACUUUGUAAAUUCGGAACAGAGAUUACUUUGUGUCUGGAGUGUCAACAACAUGGCAGGGAAACCAAGACCGGUUUCACACGGCGAUACGUGUAUCGUAUGAGACAUACUAAAUAUACCAUAUAUACCAAUGGAA